UUACAAGUUACUGAGAGAUGUGUUUAGCUGAUGAUCACAACGGUUGUGUGUUAGUUGCGCCGCCGAAUUUCUCGAUGGUUGAAGUUGGAAUCUACAGAUCUUCGUUUCCUAAACCAGAGCAUUUCGGUUUCCUCACUGCCCUUAAUCUACGUUCCAUCAUUUAUCUUUGUCCUGAACCAUACCCUGAGGAGAGUUUGAAGUUUUACGAGGCCAACAACAUUAAGCUUUUCCAAUUUGCAAUCGAAAGCCAAAAGGAUCCUCCAACUCCAAUACCAGAGGAUACAGUUUUGGCUGCUCUCAAAGUCUUAGUUGAUGUAAGAAACCAUCCGAUCCUCAUACAUUGCAAAGCCGGAAAGCAUAGGACAGGUUGUUUGGUGGGAUGCUUAAGAAAAGUUCAGAACUGGUGUUGGUCAUCGGUGUUAGAGGAAUACCAGAAGUACGCGGGUUCGAAAAGCAGGCAAAGGGACACGGCGUGUAUUGAGACAUUUGAUACCGUGAGAUUGAGGCAGUCUCUCUUGAUCAUUAUGUAUCGUUAUCUCGGCUAUGGCCCUAACAGAAAAAGGUUACUCUAUGAAGAGGAUAAUGUCCAGAAACCGAAACCGCUGGCUACCAAAGUUUGAGCAACCAAAUGGGACAUGGUUCCUGUAUAUGUUUGAGAUUCAAUUUAUAGUAACUAGAUGAUUCAUAAGUAGACGUUUGAUUCGGGGUUUAGAAGUAUAGAGAGAGGCUACUCUUCAUUCAUAAUUAGAAACUGAUGCAUGAGAGGUCAAUUAACUCAAUGAUCACUAAUGCUUAAGUUGCUUUAUCUUUUUUUUUAUCUUUUUUGUUUACUUAAAGUGUGUGUUAGCAGGCUAGUAGCCAUUGUUAAUUUACAAUAAAUUAAAACGAGGAACAUAAUAAUAUACUUAAUAAAUUCUAGUAAACAUUAUUA